GGUUCAACAACCGAUGCUUCAAGCACUUCGCCUCUCAGCUGGACUGGGCCGAUGCAGAGUCCUACUGCGUGACCCAUGGAGCCAACCUGGCCUCUGUGAACAGCAAAGGGGAAUUCGGCUUCGUGAAAAACCUGAUCCAUGGCUUCGACCCUGCUGAGAGCAAUACCUGGAUCGGGCUGAGUGACCUCCACAAGGAAGGGAGAUGGAUGUGGUCGGACGGCUCCAAGGUGGUCUACACGUUCUGGUCUCCAAAUGAGCCCAAUAAUCUAAGUGGAAGUGAGAACUGUGUUCACACUAAUAACUUAAAGGAGAAGCUGUGGAACGACACGCUCUGCUCCAACAAGUAUGCCUUUGUCUGCGCCACGCGUCCCGGCCUCUGAACCUCUGAGUCUUUAGUUCAAAGAUGCCUUGGUUUACAUAAAUAAAGAAAAACCUUUCAUUGAAA